CGUGGUUAUGCGAUGAGGAAAGGUCUGAGUUUGGGUCGGACUCAGUUUGAAGAGAUAGUGCGAGAGAUUGAUGGAGGAUUGGAUCACCUGCAGUGGAGAGGAAACAUCAUUCCCAGACCUCACUUCACUGACACUGAAAGCCUAUUGCUGCAGUAUGAACGUUCCAGGUUUCAAUCCCAUGACCUUCUGGAUGAUUCCGAGAUGGAACGGAAGACAGAGAAUGAGGGCAGUGAGAAAUCUCUCCCACAGUCUGAAAUCCAGGUACCGGAGAAAGACGAAGCUACUGAAACAGCUAGCAGAGACACUUCCACAUCUGUGGAUGGUAUUGUGGACAAGAGAGGAGAGAAUGUGGUCAUACAAAACCUGAUGGAUGAUUCUACUGCACUUUGCAGUAUCGUGAAUUCAGAUGUCAGCCUCAGCAACUUAUUGCAGACAGGACCAAAUUUGCAUUCAGUUUUUGAAGAGACGGUACAUACUCCUGACUCUCUGAAGCAGCAGCGGAGCACUUUAGCCAUGGAGUUGCUGUGGAUCCAACAAGCCAUCAGUAGCAGAAAGAAAUAUCUUACCCUCAAACAGAGAAUGGAUGUGCCACACUGAUACUGGAGCAGUUCUGAAGCUGUAUUAUUAUUAUUAUU